AUGUCCCUCCGCACUCUCCGCAUCGGCCUCAUCCCCGGCGACGGCAUCGGCAAGGAGGUCAUCCCCGCUGGCCGGCGGGUGCUCGAGGCGCUUCCCGCGGCGCUGAAGCUCAAGUUUGACUUUGUUAACCUGCAGGCGGGCUUCGAGACGUUUGAGCAGACGGGCACCGCGUUGCCCGACGCAACCAUCGACACGCUGCGCUCCGAGUGCCAGGGCGCGCUGUUCGGCGCCGUGUCCUCGCCGACGCACGCCGUCAAGGGCUACUCGUCGCCGAUCGUGGCGCUCCGCAAGAAGCUCGACCUGUACGCCAACGUGCGGCCGGUCAAGACGGUGCUGACCGCGCCGCGACCGAUCGACAUGGUCAUCGUGCGCGAGAACACCGAGGACCUGUACGUCAAGCAGGAGACGACGCGCGAGACGCCCGAGGGCCGCGUCGCCGAGGCCAUCAAGCGCAUCUCGGAGCGCGCGACGCUGCGCAUCGCCGCCAUGGCCGGCGACAUCGCGGUGCGCCGGCAGAAGCUGCGCGAGGCCGGCAGCCCUAGCAUCCACAAGGGCCCCCUCGUCACCAUCACGCACAAGUCCAACGUGCUGUCGCAGACGGACGGCUUGUUCCGCGAGGUCUCCAAGACGGCGCUCGCGGCGCCCAAGUACGCCGGCGUCGCCGUUGAGGAGCAGAUCGUCGACUCCAUGGUGUACAAGCUGUUCCGCCAGCCCGAGGACUACGACGUGGUCGUGGCGCCCAACCUGUACGGCGACCUGCUGUCCGACGGCGCCGCGGCGCUCGUCGGCUCGCUCGGGCUCGUGCCCAGCGCCAACGUCGGCGAGGGGCUCGCCAUCGGCGAGCCCUGCCACGGCAGCGCCCCGGACAUCAUGGGCCGCGGCGUCGCCAAUCCGAUCGCGACGAUCCGCAGCGCCGCCCUGAUGCUCGAGUUCCUCGAGGAGCCUGAGGCAGCCGCCGCCAUCUAUGCCGCUGUCGACGCCAAUCUCGAGGAGGGCAAGCUGCUUAGCCCGGACCUGGGCGGCACUGCUACCACCGAGCAGGUCGUUGAGGACAUUCUCCGCAGACUGUGA